CUUGAAGCACCUACACCAUCUGCUGUCCAAAAAGCACCCUCUAAACCAAGCAACGCACCGUCAACUGGUUCAACCACGUUCGCAGACUUGGGUCUUAACCCUCUUCUCGUUACUCACCUACAGUCCAAGAUCGGCACCAUAAAUCCGGCAUCUGUUCAACCCGUUGCCCUUCCUAUCCUCACGAACCCUUCGGAGGAGGACAUAAACGCGCGAGAUCUGCUCAUACAGUCGCAAACUGGUUCUGGAAAGACCACGUCAUUCCCCCUGCCCAUAAUCUUCUCCCUCAGUACGCACUUUUACGUCGACCACUCAAUAGGAAUGCUCACCAUUAUAAUCGCGCCUCCUCGUGAACUAGCGAAGUAA